UUUUGCGCCGAGUGCGUCCUAUAGGCUGGAGGCACUGAUUUGGCGUUGUAGUGAGAGAUUUUCCCAUUGUUCGACUUUCUGAAUUAUUCUCUUGAAGAUGGAGUUUGGGGAAAGGAAGAGGAGAAGAAAGUCGCAAAGCUUCAAACUGGUCACGGAUGAAGGUGGUGAUUCCUGCAUGGGAUGGGAGGAGGGAGUGUUCUGCUCCUCACACUCCAUCAAUCUGCAAAGCUUCGUUGACUCAAUUAAGCUACAGUCCCAUUUUUCCCUUCGUUUUUUUUUUUUUUUUUUUUUUUUUUUUUUUUACCGACACUCUUUUCUGUCAUAUCUAGAUUUCGGCUCUUCAUAUGGGAUAAAUUCCAGCUGCAGAGAUGCCAAUGGUGAGAGUAGGGAUGCUGCCGCGCCUCAAGUCUGGAUGGGCGACGGGAGCAUGGAAAUCAAGAAACAGAUCACUGGAAUGAUGAGGCUCCUGGGUGACAAGACUGGCAGAGGCUAUCAGCGUUUGGGUGUCGAGCAGAACAGCUCAACAAAAAAUCCCCAGGAAAGUCAACUGAACUGCAUGCACUCACCUCCAGUUUUACCUGUUGUGUCAGAAGACCAAAGCUGGAGCUCUCCAGGAGACCCAGAGCCUCCACCCUCAUCCAAAUCAACGUCGCUCCCUAAUGGUCAAGCCUGCAGCCAGUACAGUACCCGCUCCAGAGGACUCAGGACUGUCAGCAUCACAAAGGAUUUAAUAAAACCCAGUGAAACAAAAGAUGAGCUCCGUCCUGCUGUGCCAGAAAUCCCCUGCUGCAUGUGUAACUGUAAAGGAACCUUGCAGGCGAUAUUGCACGAGCUCCGUGCAAUGAGGAGGCUGAUGCAGACUCAGAAAGGAACAUUUGAAAGGCGGGAACACACUAAAUCAUCAUGCCAGCCUCACGUCAGCCUUAGUUCUUCUCCACGCCGCAUCUCUCAGAAGAGAAGACCUAUGUAUAAGGUGACUCCACUGAGUCUCUGUGGAACCGGAAGAACGGCUCUUUUUUCUCCAGGGGGUUCGACUCUGAAAACUUCACCCCGGGAAGAUGCAAAGCAAAAGGAAUGUGAGAAACUCGACUCAUCUCUGAUCUCCUGUGAUGUUUCUGAGCCACCAUCUAGGAAUGAUCAGAUAGCAGACUCUGGCACACACGGUCCUCUUCUGAAAGCACUCGGUGGACAUCAGGCAUUAGAGUCUGACGUUCGCCUUGCGGAGGAUUAUGAUGUGUUUAUCUCAAAGGCCCAGCUAGACUCCAUUUUGGUCAACUAUACACGCUCUGGCAGCCUCCUGUUUCGUAAGCUGGUGUGUGCCUUCUUUGACGAUGCUACUUUAGCUAAUUCUCUGCCAAAUGGUAAAAGGAAGCGAGGGCUCAACGACAACCGUAAGGGCUUGGACCAGAACAUUGUGGGUGCUAUUAAAGUGUUUACAGAGAAAUACUGCACUGAACACAGAAUAGAGAAGUUGCCUGGACCACGAGACUGGAUGCUGCAGAUGCUGAGGAAAACUCAAAUGAACCAUCUACAAGUACUAACCUCACAUGAAUCUGCCCGCAACUGCCUGGCUUUCACACACACACAUUUACAGCAGGGUUUCAUUUUUAACAGGUUUGAAAGUGAUGAGCAGAAAUUGUUAAACAAGACUGAUUUCAUCAGCUGCCACUAUUGCCUGGCAGCAGAUCAGUUUAUCUUUAAUAUUUCUCUGGCUUUAUUCAUUUGUCACCCUCCGUCUUUCCUUUAUAUCAGUGAUCAACAAUUUGAAUUGCACAACAAAAGGUCACAGAGUGUUCAAAAUAAUUAUCUGCUAUCAAUAAAUCACACAUUUUACUGUACAUAUGUGCCUGCUGGAGUUUACAUCAGGGCACAGACUUAAACCACCAGGAUCUGGGAUACUGAGUCAUUAUACGGAAGAGGUAAAGAAAACUGAAAAAUGACCUGCAGUUAAAAAUGAAAAACACUUUCAUCUGCUUUUAUGAUGGUACUAAAAGGGAUAAGACCU